UGAUUCGGAAUUUUGCGCCAUUUUCAGAAUUUCAGAUUUUUAAAAAAUUAUCAAUUUAGUUUCAAAAUGUGUAGAUAUUUAUUGCAUGUAAAUUGCUAGCUAUAUGAAAAAAUUCAAAUCACACAUCAGAUUUGAGAGUACAAAACUACAUUAGCAGCAUUGAUACACAUUCUUAUUCAUAAAAAAAGCUUAAAAUGCAGUGAGGACAGGAGUCUUAAAAGACAUCUGACUUGAAAUAGUUACAAAAAUGUCUUUAGAACUGAGUGUUAAAGAAACAUGUUCAAGUUUAACAUCAGCCCGGGCCACAGAGAGGAAGAAAAGUGCAAAUACACUAAAAGAUUUCCUCACAAGAAAUGCUGUGCCUGCACUGCUCACAAGUAACGCUAAGAAGAGAUCUGGUUAUAAUUGGAAUCAUGUUUUUGGUGAUAUCAAUGAUUUUAUUAUGAAGGAGACUGAAAAAAGUGAUGCCAAGAAUUUUGAUACAGUCACUGCACCUUUAUGCACAAGUCUUUUGCAUUUAUGUGUUGCUGGUUCUAAUAAAGGUCAUGCAUAUAUCAAGUGCCAAUCUAUUAUGGAUGCAUGUUUGCAUGUACUAAAUAACAGUCCUACAAGGAAAGCUGUUGGAGAUGCAUAUUUAAGUUUACUCUACAAACAUGUGUUUCCCGUUGAACACUAUUUGGGGUUUAUAUCACCAGCUACUUGGGACAAUUUACUAGAUGUUGUAAUGUCUGCAUGCAUUUCUAACCGUACUCUGGAUGAUCUAGUCAAAAUAAGGCUCCUGUGGUAUGUUAUAAAGCACUCGCUCGCCUACUGCCAGUUCACGAGUACACUGAGGGACUCUUUGGCGAAAAUAAAGAAAUGUUGUAACAUAGUAUUGCUGGACAAAAAAGUUCAGGAGUUUGUUAUAAAAAUAGUGACUGCACUUCUUGAAGCGCUUUCAAUGGAAAGUAGGCUGACAAUGUGUGAAUUUAGUGAGAGCAUUUUACCAGUGUUGUUCAAGCUUUAUGAACCAAGUAUGGAGGAGAAAAAGAAGUCUCUGUUAUUUAAGUUGUUCAAAACAGCUAUAUCAAUCCACCAUCCAGAGGGUAGAUUGCAAAAUUCAAGCGGCACCUUAGCGCACAACUGGGACGUGUGGAACAAGCAUUUACAAAGCAUGGUUGAGAUUGUGUGUUUAGAAGUCAACCAUGUGCAGAAAAUGCGAAAUCAGAAUGAGUUAUCCACAGUCAAAUGUGAUUAUUUCUAUCAUAUUGCUGCAUCUGCUUUCUAUCAGAUAUUUAAUGUACCGGAAAAAGAAAACGAUGAAUCGGUGUCGUCUUCCGCUAAAAAGCUGAGGGUGUCGUUCAAUAAAAAUAAAUCCUUCAGUGACUUAAUAGAGGAACUACGAGCUAACCCUGUGCCAUGGGUUGGAAUAAUACUCAUGUAUGUAAAAUAUUUCGGUGAUUCAAUUCCGUAUGCACAGAACAUAACGCUAAUAGGUGUUCUAGAAAAAUCUAUAUCUGAUAAUAAGAAAGUAAUGAAUUGGGACCAACUAGGCGAGCUGACGUGUUUGACGAUACAAAAUAUGAUAGCUCACAUGAAUGUCGGACGCGGUAACUGUGAUAUUGUUAUCUCACUUUGGAAAACAUGUGUAAGAAAUGCUGCAGUGACAAGUGCGUCACAAAAAGCCAUACAUUCCGUUUUACAAGUUAUUUUACAAUUAGUGUCAUUAAAAUAUGAAAACGUUAAGCCGUUACUUGUGUCGUACAUCGAAAAAGGGAUGCCAUUUAAUGAUCAUUCCCUAAAUACAUUAAACUGCUUGUUUCAUAAAUUUUAUAGAAAAACCUGUCACACAGAUGUAAGGGAAAAAUGUUUUGCUUGGCUGAAACACGGGAGUAUAACUUCCAUAAACAUCUCAAAUUUAUAUGGGUUUUUAUUAAGGCUUUUAAGCAACGAUAAUUUACCGUUGAUACUGAACUGUGAUAAUGUAAACCACAAUAGUGCCUAUAAGGUUUUAUUUAAUACCACCGAUGAUAGUAUAUUGUAUAGUGAAUUCGAAUAUAAGAUUACUCAAAAAGCAGAAAUGACAAAUAAAAGUGAUUUAGAAUGCUUUGAAGUUAAUUCUGUAAUGUAUCACAUUAUAUCUGCACACAUAGAGGAAACUCUUACUGAUAAUAUAGUACAGUUAAGAGAAAAUAAUCUUAAAGUUAUUGAAUAUGCAAAAUAUUUAGCAAUAGUUGUUGCAUUUUUUGAUUCGCUCCUUAAGUACAAAAUAAAGACCAGAGACGAAGUGAAGGAAAUGCCACUAUUUAUCGAACUUCAAACCGCCUUGAAAUUUUUAUACGAAGCUUUAACACAUACAAUAAAAAGUGAUGCACAGAUAAGAGAUAAAGUAUUACUUCUGAAAAUUGUACAAGAUAUCCUUAUAAAGGAAUACGAUUCUAUAAUGAACUUUGAGAUCCGUACACAUAUUGGAGAGGAUUGCUUUCAUUGUCUAAAUGACAUUAUAAAGCUCGAAGUUAAUUUGGAAGAUGACGGCAUUGAAGAAGCUGACACAGAAUUUAACAUGAUUGGAUUAAAACAGAAUUGCAUAUAUGUGUUAGCAGCAUACUGCAGAAAAAUUACAUGUUAUACAGAUGAAGUCCUCAAAUGCAUCCUUGACAGAGACUUGUACCGUUACACCUUUAACUAUGAAUAUGCCUUCCAAUGUAUUAGAAUUCUCAACGAAUCAACAGUGGAACAGUAUCCUUUGGAAUUAAUAUUCGGCCUAAUGCAGAAUAUGUGCAAGGACAUGUUCAGAAAUCCAAAAGUCUCACGUACUUUGCUUGAGAUACUUUCUUCAAUGCUCGAUCAAAUAUGGUCUCAUAAUGACGAUAUAAUACGUCAGAAUUGCGUCAUAAUGAUAAAAAGCUAUCUGCAAAGAUGCUCCGACAAUUACUAUCCACCGGAAGUCGCGGCUCUAAUUUACGAAUGUCUCGCAAAAGUCAUUAAAUUACACGCACACGAUAUUGAUAUAACGAAUCCCUUCAAACGGACGCUUUUGGAGAAAAUAGUUGAAAAAAGUGAACACAAAAUUCGAUUGUAUUGUUCUCAUCUACUGAGUGUAAUAGGCAAUAAUUUUCACGAAGAUGAUAUACAGUAUCUCUUUGACAAUUUGUUGAGCAUUUUUGUUAUCAAUGUAACUGAAAACAUUGAUACUGUAAUAAGGGAUGAAAAAGUCAACAGAACAGUAACAGUUUUGCACACUUUUUAUGUGUUAGGUACCACAAAAAAAUCAGAAAUACACAGAAUAAUAUUAAAAGUGCUUAAGUUUCAAAAUGAAAAGCCUAUGGAAGAUCGUAUGGUCAAGAAAGUUCUAAACUUACUGACCGAAAUGGUCACAGAUACUAAUAUUGAGGUGUAUAUGAACAAUAACGUUUUACGCGUGUUACAUUACUGGUUUAAAGAAAAUAGUGGCUUCAAAGACCUACCGCUGCACCUAUUCGGUUUUACCGAUAUGAAUGGCCUCAUAGAAGAGCACGUAAACUGGUUGGUGCCAGCCGAUAUUCUUUGGAGCCACAACGGAAUAAUCGAAAAUAGUAACGUUUUGAAAUAUGUCAGAGAGAAAAGAAUGAAGCCUACUGAAGAUAUAAUCGAGAAAUGCUUUUGUAACAUAAUCGCGAUAUGUUUGCCUCACAUAGUCAUUGAAAAGUACAAAUUGGAAGACGAAAAAUAUUUCAGCUUGAGAGAAUCGGCGAAUGCAAACAGAAUGUUUAUGCUGACUAGAGCUUUGCUAAGCAAUGACAGAUGGAGUAAUCUGUUUGUGGAACAUUUAGGCGAUAUAAUGCUUCUAACAGCUGCACACGUAAAAGACUACGUUGGGGCAUCUGAAAUUUUUGGGAACCACCUUGCUGUGAACGCCGAUCAAUUCACGUAUUCUCGACGCGUGUUUGCUGCUAUACUUAAAUAUUUUGGGGAACUUAUUGAUGGUGACAUCAUGCAGUACAUGUGCGAAAACCAACCGUUGAUCAUUUUAAAUAUUCUAUUUAAACUGUGGGACAAUGUGUUGCACGAAAACGUAUUAGAGUUCAAGAUACUGCAUCUACACGCAUACGUGUCUUUUAUAGAAAAUAUUCCCUUGGGUUAUAGGUCAGAUGCCAUUCUAUGCAACUUCGCUUGCGACAGUAUCGCCCAAGGCAUUAAAGGAUCGCAGAGUAAGGAAGCGGUCAAAAUGUUCGUUAGUGCACUGAAAAUUGUUAUUACAAAGGUUUUAACCGAAUCGCCUAAAAGUGUUGAUAAUAUUCAAAUAUCGGUCCUCCCUAAAAUUGUCUCGAUAUUAACCAUCAAAACUGAGCAAGGCUUUGUAUCGGAAUGUAGCUCUAUGUUAAAAUAUCUGACAGAAGAUAUGAAGAAUUAUCUAUCCGGAAGUGUAGAUGUCAUCGAUUUUGUGAACUUCAUAACUGAAUAUAAGUCAGAAGAGACUUAUGUGGGCUCUUGUAAAAUUGAAUUUGAGCAUAAACUCAAAACAUACACAUUCAACUUAUCUAACCCAAGCUACGAAACUUUAUCAAGGAUGUGUCGCUAUUUAAAACAAAACAAGGAAUUAGUAAAGGAAUUAUACGCGGAUAUAAAUAGGAAUGGGUUCUCGGAAAUUUGUAAAAUAAGUUUGGUUCACCAAGUUAUCCAUUCUUUGAAUAAAGUUUUGAAAGAAGCUACUGAAGAAAAGAUAAUAAUUGAAGCCUGUAACUGUCUAGCAGAAAUAGGAACUUACGAUAUAAAAACGCUGGUGACAGUACCGCCUGUGGACACUAAAACAAUUCUGAACUUGUAUCCUAAACAGUACUUUGCACAAACGGUGAUAUUGUGCCUCACUGAGCAUCUUUUUAACGAAGACCCCAUAUUGAGUAACAAGAUCACCAAAGCUUUGAGUCGAGUUUUGAAAUUCCGAGAUGGGAAAGCAGCGCUAGAUCUCAUCGACGGUAACAUGGAAAUAGUGCAAUCUCUCGUAGCUGCUAACUGCGAAAAUUUUGCCAUCUACAAUAUCGAUAACGCUAAGUUUGACAAGGGCAAUUCGAUCGAGUAUUGGAUACCACUCACUGCUGAAACUCAUUCCCAAUGGGUGAUUCGUAUAACCGUGGCGCUACUAGAUUUAUUAGAGUCUAAUGCUAAUUUCAUCUCCUCUUUGCGAGCCGUUUGUGCAUUAAAGCCUUCAAUUUGUGGGAAAAUUCUACCAGCACUAAUGGGCUUAGUACUCGAUUGUGCCACCGACAUUCACAUGGGAGUAAUCGGGGAGCAAAUAAAUGAAGUGUUCAAGCACAUUUGGAACUUGACCUUCACUGACAGUUUUGACAGCAGCGAAAUUGACGGCGGUUCCAAAAUAUCCACCAAAAUUAACCACGACCAAAAAAUGAUUGUUCAAUACUUGUUGGAUGUUCUGGAUAAUGUUCGUAUACAGCGGAACCAUUACAAGACUCUGAGAAGAAGUAGAACAUCAGACACAUUGAACUAUUUGAAUCUGGACUAUUUGUGGGUAUCCUGGGCCGCUGCGGUGACGGAGCGCAGUCUGUCUGCUCUAUACUACGGCGAGCUGUGGGCCGCCGCCAAAAACAAUGCCGUGCCACCUGCAUCGCCUGAAGCCACCACCGCUCUUGAGAAUGGGGAACAUGUACAAAAAAUCUUUAGAAGGUGUUUCGUAUCUAUAGGCGAUUUUGACGCCAUAGACGGAUGCGGUAACGCGCAUCUAACCAGCGAACACGAAAAGCGCAAACACCUCAUAAACACCGGCCAAUUCUCCGACGCUCUGUUCCUGCACGACAUAGCUCUGUCGCGCGGCGCCGUCGAUGAGGACAUCCUCUACGGCACCGUCACAUCGCUCCACAAGUCCGGGAUGCAUCACCUCGCUUUGCGGUACAUUAAGUCUUACCCGGAGAAUGAACAGCUGGAUGAUGUCAAGUACGACUGUUUAUCUUAUUUGGGAGAUUGGAGCGAUUUUGUUGAUACUCUAGAAUUGGAAGAAAAAUCUAAAACAGGCCGUUGUAAGCAAGACUCGAUCAUCAAAGCGAUGCGCUACGCGUGCUUGAAAGACUGCUUGAAUAUACGAACUGACACCGAAUUCGACAUGAAACUAGAAAAGCCUUUAAACCGAGCCAAACUGGCUACCGCGCAGCUAUGUCGGAACUUAAACAUGGAAAACUCUCAAAACGUCUACAAAGUCCUGUCAAAUUUGCAUUUGUUCCGCGACAUCGAGACCUAUUUUUCUCUCCGAUGUGGUAGAAUGACAGUUCCAGUACUUUUAAAAGAGUGGAGAAUAGACAAUCUUCCGACUUUCAAUGAAUUUAAAUAUCUGGAGGCUUUGAUAUCUCAAAGAAGUUUGAUGCUCGAGCACAUUUCCAAAACUGAUUUUACCUGUAUGGCCAAUGUAGAUGAAUUGCAACUGAAAUAUGCUGAAUUCGGUUUAUCGAAUCAAAAGAUUCAAAUGGCGCAAAGACUUGUAUCCGCCGUCAAGCACGACGCAACAACGGGUCGUGUCGCACUUUUAGAGAGCCAAAUAUCUUGGGCCAAAGGCCACAAGGAUAUAGCGUUGUCUUUGCUUAAUGAAAUUGUUACCAAAGAGUUCGACGAUCAGAAGCUGACUGCGAUGUCUUUAAGGCAAUACGGCUUGUGGAUGGCGGAGUGUAAACGUGAAAACGGAAAGGACAUAAUACGCAACUAUUUGGAGAAAAGUUUGCAAACAUUGAGCGAUGACGACAACGUGGCGACACGGCUUAAAGUAUACUCCGACAUUGCUAAGUUUGCUGAUGAGGAAUAUAAACAGGUUGUAAGUUACAUGGACUCUUCCGUGUUUGAGAACAAAGUGAAAUGUAUAGAAACCAUGCAAGAUACGGCGGCGACGCUAGUGCAGUCGCAAAAUAGUCUGACAAGGGAUGAAAAGAAGGCAUUAAUGACCAGUAACGCAUUUAGCCGACUUGACAAAGCGGAAAUUGAUAACACCAGAGCGGAAAAAGACAGCGCUCUGAAGUUAGCUAUGAGAUACUACUUACUAUCAUUGUCAAAAUGCGAUGAAAACAAUUUGUCAGUAUUUCGCGUAGUAUCCCUGUGGGUGGAUAACCCCGGCCUGGACUUAGAGGACGGCGAUGGAGACACGCCUCUGGGGCGCCUGCUGCACGCCAUACCUUCGUGGAAGUUCAUCACUGUACUGCCGCAGCUCGCGCCGAGAUUGUCCAAUGAAGACACUCCUUUUGCGCGCCAUUUGAAGCAAAUCAUAAAAACGUGUGCAAUCGAGCAUCCACAUCACACGUUGCCGAUACUAUUCAACUUGAAGAACUCAGAGAAAGACCAGAACAUUCGCAGCUCGGGCGAGAGCUCACUAACAAGCAGCCAAGAGCCUCGCAUACUGGCGGCCGCUGCGCUCAUUAGAGACCUGUCCGACCAUAGCGACCAAUUGUCGAGGAUUAUUGCGCAAAUGGACCUGAUUUGUGAUGCUACAAUACAGUUUGCCUACUACGUGCCAGAAUCCAAGGAAACCAAGCCACAAGCGAUACCGAGGUCCGAGUCGAUAGCUCACCUGCGGGAUCUCAACACUAUCCCUGUUCCCACCGACACUAUCCCCAUAAGGAAGGAUUGUAACUACUCCGGGCUAAGCACCCUGUCGUCAUUUGAAAAACAUUUUGAGCUGGUGGGAGGUAUCAAUUAUCCGAAGAAGAUAUCAUGUCUGAGCUCUGAUGGGAGAAGGAGGAUAUUGCUCGUUAAGGGGGAGGAUGACUUGAGACAAGACGCAGUGAUGCAGCAAGUGUUCAAUAUAGUCAACUCCUUGCUACAGAACAAUCCCAUCACGUACAGGAAUAAACUGCUUAUCCGCACUUAUAAGGUGGUGCCAAUGUCUCGUCGCUCGGGAGUGCUGGAAUGGUGCGAAGGGACCAUGCCUAUAGGAGUUUAUCUUGGCACUGCCCAUCCUAAAUAUAGACCUCAGGACAUGACACCGUCAACCGCACGAGCGAAACUAAGGGAGUGCCACGAAAGUAAGCGGCCCACCAAACGCAAGCUCGACGUGUUCAACGGCAUCCUGAAGAUGUUCAGGCCGGUGUUCCACUACUUCUUCACGGAGCACUACCUCGACCCUGUCACUUGGUAUGAACGACGACUCGCUUAUACCAGAAGUGUUGCCACAUCGUCCAUGGUGGGAUACAUACUCGGACUGGGCGACAGACACGUGCAAAACAUACUCAUAGACAAGACCACUGCUGAAGUUAUACACAUCGAUUUCGGCAUUGCAUUUGACCAAGGGAAAGUGUUACCCACGCCUGAGACUAUACCGUUCCGUCUGACGCAAGACAUCGUCGCUGGCUUCGGCUCUAGCGGGGUGGAGGGGAAUUUUAGAAGGUGCUGUGAGAAGACCUUGCAACUGCUCCGCGACAACCAGGAGACGUUGCUGACAAUAUUGGAAGUGUUGCUGUGUGAUCCUCUGUACCUGUGGAUAGUGUCCACCACUUCUAAAGCUAAGGCUACCAAUGCACGCAGUAAACUAACUCUAGGCGGCAAAGCAAGCAAAGGCGCUACGAGUGUCACUAAAGCGAGCGGCGGUGAAGGUGGUGGGGCGGGGGGGUUAGCGGGGCGGGCGCUCCUCGCGGUGCGGUCCAAGUUAUGCGGCGCGGAGGGGGGUGCGGCGGGUGGAGUCUCCGUGCGGGGACAUGUUGCGCGCCUCAUACACGAGGCCACUGACCCUGUGAACCUUUGCCGAUUGUUCCACGGCUGGCAGGCCUACCUGUGAAAAGUUACUCAUAUAUUAAGUACUAGCGGACGCCCGCGACAUCGUCCGCCCUUAAAGUCAAAGUCAAAAUUCAUUUUAUUUCAAUUAGGCUUAGUUUACUUUUGAAAGGUCAAGAUUAUGUCAUAAUUUAAUUUAAUCUAAUGGUGGUAAUAAUAUUCGAAAACUUAAAACUAAAGUUACGAGGGUUCCAAACGCGCCUUGGUCCGAAGAGCCCACAACAAACUUACCUCUUACUUAGACCUUUUUAAUCCAGCCCUUAUAGUAGUAUCGCUGUAAAAAUGGAGUAACUUCUGUUUUCCAACAUUUCCCUUCACUGCUCUGCUCCUAUUGAUCGUAGCGUGAUGAAGAGUAUACUAUAACCUGUCCAGGAGUAUGAAGAAUAAUUAUACCAAGUUUCGUUGAAAUCCGUCGUGUAGUUUUUGUUUGUAUAACGAUCAUACAGACAGACAGACUAAAAUUUUACUGAUUGCAUUUUUGGCAUCAGUAUCGAUCACUAAUCAUUUUUAAAAAAGAGUGUAGUUUAGACUGUAGUAAUCAGUCGUGUAGUCUAAAGUAUAAUUUUAUAAUUUUUUUUCUGUCCAAUUUAUCCCCGGCAAGGGUCAGUGACCAUACAGGUUGGUCGUGAUUUGAAUGUUAUUUUUUUUUUUACAAUCCCUACCUGUGAUUAUGGAAAAACUAUUUUUUCCUCUGCAAGUCCUAGGCAGUCUAUGACAUAUACCCUAACCAUAUUGCAGAUCUAAUUUUGGAUUUUUUUUUUAUACAAAAAAGGCAAUGGCCCGUGGCCAUACAUACAGCUUAGUUGUGUUUUGGGUGUACAGCUGUUUAUUUAUUACAUAUUUUAAUACAAAACUGGCAAUUGGUGAUGGCCAUAUGGUAACUUUGUAAUAACCCAGUAUUACAAGUGAUUUUUUUUAAGUAAUGUUCUUUUUUAUAAAUAAGCGUCAUAAUCCAGUGCAUUAUAAAGUAUUAAUAAAAAAGUUUGGACAUAUUUGAUGGAAAAAGAAAUUCCUCUAAUGUUGCUAAUACUGUGUUGUAAAAAUUUAUAUUUCCGUAAAUUAAUACCAUGUUAAACUAAUAAUCAAUAACUACUUAUAAAAAAUACUCUCAUCUUAUUUCUGCCUAUUAUUGUUUGAUCUGUGUUAAUUACCAAUAAAGUUAAUUGAAAUUAUGUAAAUUUAAAUAAAUACGCCUAUUUUAAUAUGAAA